AAUUGAUAUACCUUGAGAAGGGUCAAAGUGCAAAUACUGAUAUCUACAGACGAAAAUUCCAAACCCUCCCGAAAUCUCUCUCUUUCUCUCGCCGGAAUCUUACCGAAGAAAAUGGCGUUUUCCAAAAUCUACCUCGUUGGAAAUUCCAUUUUCGGUCCUCACAACCCCUUCUUUCGCAUCCCAUCCAAUCGCUUUUCCCGUGUCUCCCUCCGCCUCCGCUGCUUCUGUAUCGCCGCCGCAGCGGCGGAUGCUUCUCCGCCUCCCCAUCCAUGGACGGAGUGGAUGACCUUCGUAGACAACUUGAAGACUAAGGGUUACUUCUCCGGAGAACCUCCAAACACCGAAAAUGGUGGCUCCGAGAUGAUUUACCGGGAAAUGAACCUGGUUAAGGAUGCUUGUCUGAGCUUCGCCCGCGAUCGCUACGACCUGCUCAAGUUGUUGCCUUCGAGGGAUAUAGAGGCUCUUGUGGAGCGUGGAUGCCCCAAUCUCUUGCGAAAAGCUGUUAAUUCGUCCAAAAGGCUACGGGCCCAUGCUAGAUUGGACGAAGGAGAUGUCUGUGGUACUUGUAGUCUGCGUGGCUCUUGUGAUAGGGCUUAUAUAACAUUGAAGGACUCAGAAGCUAAUGCUCGCACAGUGGACAUUAUGCGCAUAUUGUUGUUCAAUGCGCUUGAUUCCCUCGUGAUUUCCAGAGGGGAGAGACCUCCAGACAAAGAGCUGGUUGAUGAGUCGUCAAAGAAACUUCUUUUGGAGUUGGUUGAAUUGAGUCAGAACUCCCCUGACCCUCCUGCCCUGCCGAAACCUGCUACCAAGGGUUCUUUGUCAAGGAGGGAUCGGGGUUUGAAGUUGAAGACUGAAAAAAGUCUCAACAAAUGGAGCUUUGUGGACUUUUCUGGGAAUGAAAACUGCCAAGACUCCAAUGAAACCCCCAACAAAAGCUCUGGUGCCUUUGAAGUCAAGAAAGGAGAUUGGUACUGUCCUAAAUGCAACUUUCUAAACUUUGCCAAAAAUUCAAUAUGCCGAGAGUGCAGUGAAGUCCCUGACAAACUUUCUGUCGUUGCUGAUGUCAAGGAAGGAGAUUGGAUAUGCACUAAAUGCAAUUUCUUGAACUUCUCAAGAAACCGGCUCUGCCUGAAAUGCAAAGCAGAUGGACCUGAGAAAAUUUCCACUCGGAAUACUGAAAUGAAGAAAGGAGAUUGGAAUUGCUCCGGGUGUGGAUUCAUGAACUUUGCUAGCAACAAACAGUGUCUACGUUGCCCAGUACAACGUCCCAAUAGCGAACUAUAUCAUGGAGAAUGGAAUUGUCCGUCAUGUGACUUCUUGAACUUUAGUAGGAACAAUGAGUGCAAGAAAUGCGACCACAAACGCCCAAAACAAGCAACAACAGGUGCAGGUUCAAAAGCUGGUGAGUGAGCUGUUGGGGGAAGAAGACAAUAGGUCCGUCUUAAGACUACGGACAAAUAAUUUUGCAGAUGCAUGAGGAGGUUUCUGUAUAGGGUAACCUAUCACAAGAGUUCAUCCCAUUAACCUUCCUCACCUGCACACGUGUGUAUUCAAUUCACUUGCACUCUACAUCAGUUUUUAUAUCAAACAAAUUCUAUUUGGAAACA